AUGAUUUCACAGGUCACCAUAAAGAGGCGAUCAGUCCUCUAUGUGGUCAACUUCAUACUCCCCAUCCUGUUCUUCUUGUGUCUGGACUUGGCCUCCUUCCUCAUCUCAGAGAGCGGAGGUGAGAAGCUCAGCUUCAAGGUCACUGUGCUGCUGGCUGUCACGGUGAUGCAGCUGAUUCUGAACGAUAUUCUGCCUUCUUCUUCAGACAGGAUCCCCCUUAUAGCGAUCUAUUGUAUCGGGGCUUUUGGUUUCAUGAUGCUGAGCCUCUUGGAGACGAUCUUGAUGAUGUACCUGAAGGAAAAAGACGAUGUGUCCCAGGACAAAGAGGCAGAUGAAGACCAAAGCCCAGAAGACAACUGUGGAGAGAAACCAGGAAGAAUGCAAAACUUCUUUAGAGACGUGUAUAUAUCAGUUCCCUGCAGGCGUGUCUUUGAUCUGUCCCCUGGUGAGAUGCCCCCAGAGCUGCUGCCUGAGGUCCCAGAGGUUAGCAGCAGCCAGCUGACCGAGGAGUCCCACGACUCAGAGAAUCUAUUCGAGGAGCUGAGGGAGGUUCUAAAAACAGUGGCUCUGCUUCUCAGCAGCAGGAAGGAAGAAGAGAAACCCGGCUACUGGACCAGGAUGACCAAAACCAUCAACAGAAUCUACUUCAUGCUCUCCCACCUGCUGAACAUGCUGAGCUGUGAUGACCAGUGUGUCAGAGAGCUCGCCCAAGCCUCUCUGUUCCUGGACCUCAAGAGGAGAAAGGUCCCUCUGGCCCACGAGUCGGACUCCAGUUUCCUAGGCUUCAGGAGGAAACCUAGUGGGAAGCUGGACAGCAGAUCUCCUGGCUUCGGGGUGUAG